AGUCACUGUUGGUCAAAACAUGCCGUUGUCAGGCUCUGCAUCGGCUUUGCCGUCCUUUCGGAAACAGCAUCUCCUCGUCGAGUUCUCGCGCCUUCGCUAUGCCCAACUUGAUGGCGUUUUCCUGAGCAUCACGCCUGGCGACCCAUCACUGUGGGUCGGUGUGAUCUUCGUGCGAAAAGGACCAUAUGCGCCUGCAGUCUUACGCUUCCAAAUCUCCUUCCCACCAAGCUAUCCUGCCAUACCCCCCCUCGUGACCUUUUCCACCGAUGUCUUUCACCCCUUGCUCACGCCGCUUACCACGUACACGUACACGACUGGAUCUGCUGAGUCGGAUACCGUAAGUGCCACGGAUGAAGAGCGCUUGCCACCGGGUGGAUUCAGUCUGCGACACGGCUUCCCACACUGGUUUGGACGAACUCGAUCCUCUAUGCCCGAUUCUCGUCACCCCAGUGGCUCUGCCUUGGCCAGUCCCGCACGUUCCGAGUUUAAUGUCACCUCGGGUGCUCCUGGUGCGGCCCGCUCGACAGAGGAAAUAUCCAUUGUGCGCAUGAUAGAGUACAUACGUUCCACCUUCAGUGAUGAGUCAAUCUUGGACUCGCUUCCGCUCGAUGCCGCUGCCAAUCCAGGAGCCUAUCACGCGUGGCGGGCCCAUCGUGCUCCUCUUCUGCGAGCUCAGCAAUCUCUACCCACGGAGCCUAGCCCAGAGCUGCCGGUAACUGACAAGUCAGAAAGUAGCAAUGCGCUAGGCCCAAACCGGCGCCCUGGAGAAUGGAAUUGGGAGGGCGUAUGGGAGGAGCGUGUGAGAAAAGCAGUCAAAGCUAGUCUCUCUGAGCCUGUACUUUUUGGCACAGGCGCUGGAGAAGACAUUAUUCGCUUCCGUGAGACAGACGAGGAAAUGCAGGAGAAAAUGAAGAUGCACCUAGAGAUGGCUGCCGCUCGUACUGCUGAAGUAUAAUGUGCACAUGCUACAUUGGCAAGAGCUACCCUGACGCCUCUACAAUGGGCAGGAGCUCGUUGUCGAUGGACACUCAAGGACAAAUGCUGUUGCUACAUGGCAAGAGCGAUGUUCUUGUUGAUAUGGCCCCCAUUGUCAUACCUUCUCUAAACGAUAGCUAGUCCCCUCCUUUAGUUUCUACAUCCGCCUCAUAUCUAUGACCUUGUGUGCAAACCUUACAUCUCAACCAG